GCUCGUGUUCAGUGGUCUGCCCGUGCGGCUGCCGUUAGAAUCGGUAAAGUGACUAUUUCUCACGAAUAAAGUUACACAAUUCUGGUUUUAUGAGGAUUUUAAAAUCCCGAUGUUCACCCGGAAAACCCGGUGCGGAUUAUAAACUCUUAAACAUACACACACACUGCUCUUUUUUAGCCACCGGCGGCUGCUCGGUGUGGGAGGAGCCAGCGGCGUGUUUCCGCUAACACCAGGCCGACGGAGGCAACACGGUAAUCUAUGCCGUCGUACUGAGAAUUACAGGAUAUUGACGGAACAAUUAGCAGUUACUGCGGGACAGUGUUCGAGUACAGAUUGUUUAACCGCCGGGGAGCUGCGGUUGUACAUUUCUGGAGAAGGAGAAGAAGGAGAAGAAGAAGAAGAAGAAGGAGUGGCAGCUGGACUGUCAGCAAUGGAAGCCGAGUUUCGGGAAAUCGAUGAAAACGGGAGUUGGACCGCCAUCUACCAGGAGAUUCGCCAGCAGUCAUGUGAACUCCCGUGCAAAGUUGCUAAAUUGCCUGAAAACAAGAACCGGAACCGCUACAGAGACGUUAGCCCGUUUGACCACAGCAGAAUAUGUCUGCAGCUGGGAACGAAUGACUACAUUAAUGCCAGCCUAAUAACGGUAGAAGAGGCACAGAGGAAGUAUAUCCUCACUCAGGGACCCCUUCCAAAUACAUGUGGCAACUUCUGGGAGAUGGUGUGGGAGCAGAGGACCCGCGGUGUCGUGAUGCUGAACAGAGUCAUAGAGAAAGGAUCUGUCAAAUGUGCCCAAUAUUGGCCACACAGAGAGGAGAGAGAUGCUGUCUUUGAAGAUGCCAAUUUCAAGCUCAGCCUCAUGUCAGAAGAGAUCAAGUCGUACUACACAGUCCGUGAGCUGGAGCUGGAAAAUCUGUCGACUAAUGAGACUCGUGAGGUUUUACAUUUUCACUACACCACCUGGCCUGACUUUGGGGUACCAGAGUCUCCGGCCUCCUUCCUUAACUUCCUGUUCAAGGUGCAGAAGUCUGGUUGCCUGAAUUCCGACCAGGGACCAGUGGUGGUGCACUGCAGCGCCGGCAUCGGACGCUCUGGGACCUUUUGUCUCGUGGACACGUGCCUGUUAUUGAUGUCCAGCCGUAAGGACCCGUCUUCAGUGUGUAUUCGUGACGUGCUGCUGGAGAUGCGACGCUAUCGCAUGGGCUUGAUUCAGACAGCAGAUCAACUUCGAUUCUCCUACCUAGCCGUCAUUGAAGGUGCCAAGUAUAUCAAGGGAGACACAUCUCUGCAGGAGUCCUUGAAAGAGCGCUCAAACGAGGAAGAGGAUCCUCCAGAGUUCACCCCCCCGCCUCCUCUUCCUCCUCCUAGAGACCCUCAAAACGGCAAAGUUGAGCCGUCCUUCUUUCCCGAAAAUGAUGAGAUUAUCAAACAGACGGAGAUCCGCAGUCUCGGGUCCUCACAAGAGCCGGAGCUGCGAAAGAGGAACAUUGCUGCACCCGAGCCUCCUCCUGACGGUGCUGAUCAGCUCCAUGGCCACAUCGGAAUGGAAGAUCACGACUCCAAAGCUCCAAUGAAAUCCCAGCAGCAGGAGACGGAGGAGCAGGAGUUGGCAGUGGAGCCGCCAAAGGAACGCUCUCCGGUGCCGGAGACGUGGUCCCCUCUACUAACCAACGUGUGCCUGUGCACAGCCCUGGCUCUCGGUGCUUACGUCUGUUAUCGAGCCUGUUUCCACUGAUGUCUGUCCCUCCUCCUCCUCCUCUCCGUUGCUCUCUGUCUCUCCACUGAUGUCGCAAAGUGGACUAGGCUGCCCAAUCGGCCUGCUUUGACUUUGGCUUUACUCUACGAGUGAGUGGAUUAUUUGGACUUCAGCAGAUUCAGGUUCACUCGUUUAUUUGACAGAAGCAGUGUGAAGGGGGGUUGCCUUGUUGGGAAUAACCCCACCCAAACGUUCUUUCAAUACGUCAUCAUGAAUGCUCAGGGCCUUAGUUUUUCAGGGGUCACAUCCCAAAUACGUGUGCCGACUUAAACACAGACGAUACGUGUAUGUUGAGGAAAAAGGGUUUGUUUUCACUGAACCAGGAUGAAUGGCCUGUGAGCACCAUUUUUACUCGUGUCUCCUCUCUUAUUUACCAAAUGACACUUGUAUGUGUUCUUCCAUUUUAACCCUUACUAUGGUGUCCGUUAGGAUUUCAAAUUAAUUUUUUUUCUCCACCGUUUCUUUGUUUUGCGUACCCACAUGAUCAGAAAUCAUAGAGCCAGAUUUUUGAGCAGAAACCUUUUUGUUGUGGUUCAAUAUUGAACCCGACAGUAAGAGGGAAGAUAAGAGAUGCAUGCCGGGGUGGGCAUUGAAUUAUCUGUCCUCACUGGUGGCCUGUGUAGGUUUUUCAGGAGGCCCGCUGAUUGAGUACAUAAGAGUAUGUGUGUAUGGACAUUUGCACGAGUGGUAGUUAGUGGCGCUUUCUACUGAUGCUUUUUUUCUCCAACAUUUUUCAGUAUGUCAAAUGUGAGAUGGAGACUGAGUUGCCUCCUGGUAAUUGAUUCCCUCUGCGUUUUCGCUCCCUGGUGGCUCAACAGUGACACAGAAAAGUCUUUUUCAAAAGAAAAUGGUGCAGGCACAGGGUGGUUUGUCUCUUUCUCCAUCUGCUUGGCAUUCACAAAUUGACAGUGGGGAAAAAUCUUGCCAGUAGAAUGUGUAACAUAACUUGAAUGACACUGUUUUUUCGACACCUUUUUACGUGUGUUAAGUUACACACAAGAAUGCCAGCUUAUUGAGACACAAAGUAGCUAACACCCAACUCCUUUCGCCAGCAAUAACAAAUACCUAAUGAUGUGUCACCCUUUACUUUGUCAAACUCUUGAGUUUGAAUGGGGAACCAGGAUCUUUUGAACAAACCAAAAAUCAAACACCAGCACAGGGAUGAAAACAAUACACUGUAGCAAUGAACCGUUGUAUCAUGGCGUGGCCCUGAGCUGGCAAUAUUGUUUUGUAGGAUUACAUUUUAUUUUUAUUUUUUUUAGCAUGCCGCAUUUGUGAAUCAACAGGUUUGUCCUAAAAAGAGAUUAGCUAAGCUGCUAGCAUUCAGUUUACCUUUGUGACUCGACAAAGUUCAGUACACGAGCCCGACCGCUGUACUUUUCUUUAGAAUGUAUAAACGUCCUCAACAAGGACACACCCUUAUUAGAUAUAUAUAUUUUUUUUCAAAUCAGGUUUCAAUGUUCUGAGUUAUAUUUUGUUCUGCUUAAGCAAGGGUUUAACUCUCAGCACCCGUGCAGCCAUCGCACCAGGUUUUCCUGUUUUUCUACUUAUGCUGAGCUCAAAAA